AUGUAUUUAAGCAAUGUACCUGACAUAGAAUUUGCAGUUAGUAAAAUGAGUGGAUUUACUAGCAAUCGAAAUUGUGAGUAUUGGAAAGUCAUCACAAAGAAUUUUGGUUAUCUUUUGAUUAAUAACAAUUGUGGCCUCCAUUAUUGUAGGUUUCCUACCAUAUUAGGAGGAUAUACCGAUGCGAGUUGGACAUCGAGUAUUGAAUAUCAUAAAUCUGCAUUUGAGUGGAUAUUUGCACUAGUUGAGGAUACGAUUUCUUGGAAGAGCAAGAAACAAAUGUGGAUCACUCUCUCAACCAUAGAAUUAGAGUUCGAGGCUCUUUCUUCCGCUGGUGAAGAAGUUGAAUGGUUGAGGGACCUUAUGUUGGAAGUUCCAUUGGCUAAAGAUAAUGUUUCAAAGGUGUUGAUACAUUGUAGUAGUCAAGCCACUUUACCUAGAGCAUACAAAAAGUGUGUAAUCUAA